AGAUUUACAGCAGGCUAGACUGUCUGGCUCAGAAGUAUAAAUACUGCUCAGAGCUUUCACCUCAGUGUAUUCCCACUACCACACAGCAAACAGCAAGAUGUGGAACGUCAGUGAAGUUGCCUUGCAGCUCCCUACUUCCAGAGCUUCUGAGCGGCUUCUUCAGCCACUGUGGGACUACCUGCUGUUCCAUCAUUACUCCCUGAUCUCAUCUCCGUUCUUCCCCGUCCUGCUGGCCUUCGCCAGCUACUUCAUCUUCAGCUGUCCCUUUGCCAUCCUGGACCUCCUGGGAGAGCAGGUUCCUGCCUUCUACAGCUACAAGAUCCAGAAAGAGAGGAGACCCACCACCAGCAUGAUGAUGAGGAGCCUGGGCAUGGCGGUGUACAACAACCUGGUCUUCGUGAUUCCAGUGGUUCUGAUUAACAAUGCGGUGAUGCCAGCUCCUCCUCUGCCUGCUAUUGCUCCAACAGUCUGGGAGCUUUUCUCAGGGGGUCUUGGUGCCUUGCUCAUCUUUGACACCCAGUACUUCUUCUGGCACAUGGCUCACCACAAGAACGGCCACCUGUACAAGUGGGUCCACGCCAUCCACCAUGACUACAUCUCGCCCUUCUCCUGGUCCACUGAACACCUCAGUGCUGUGGAGCUGAUGACCGUGGGUUUAUGGAGCAACCUGGACCCUCUGCUUCUACAGUGCCACCCCCUCACUACGUGGACCCUCACCAUCUUCAGCAUCUGGUUGUCUGUUGAGGACCACAUUGGCUACGACCUGCCCUGGACCCCAAGCCGCCUGGUGCCGUUUGGACUGCUUGGAGGAGCUCUAGCUCAUGACCUUCACCACCAGAAACCCAGCAGCAACUUUGCUCCUUUCUUCAGUCACUGGGACAGACUCUUCGGCACCACCAACAAUGUGGUGAAACAGACUGGAAAAAGCAAAUGGGAUGAGAAAGAUAUUUAAACAUGUUAAACAACCUCAU